AUGGCUCUAUUAGAAUUACCGGACUAUAGGGACACAACCGUGGAUGUGUCCAUUAUCUACGGAGGACGAACAACUGUGCCCGCAUCUUACGUGGUUAAAACACCAAUUGCAGGGCAUGUCUUGCUUGACAUGCCUUGCUAUAGCUUCCUAAUCGAGAACAAAAGGAUAAACAAAAAGGUUCUCUUUGACCUUGGGCUGCGAAAAGAUUGGAAGGAGAAACUUCCGCCCCCUAGUAAGCAACAUCUCUAUCUAAAACCUGCAUCUGGCUAUUCAUCCAUGCAGAACAUGAUGCGACAUAUGCUGACCGCGAUUGAACUGAGAGUCCUGAAUCAAAUCGAAUCGGCUAAAGCAAUUAUGGACAUUGAGCAAGACGUUGCUGACCAACUUCACAACGCCAGUGUGCCUCUCGAAUCGAUCAACGCUAUUAUCUGGUCCCACCACCAUAUAGACCAUACAGGAGAUCCGUCACUCUUCCCUUCGUCCACGGACUUGGUCGUUGGUCCGGGCUUCAAGCGCGACACAACGACGUUUCCUGGUUAUCCUACGAAUACGGAUGCUCUGGUGACUGACGAUGCCUUUUUUGGCCGUCGAUUGGUUGAGCUUGAUUUUAGUGAUGCUGUCACUAUUGGUGGCUUUUUGGCCAUCGACUUUUUCCAAGAUGGCAGCCUGUACCUGCUGAAAUCAAGUGGGCAUACGCAUGACCAUAUUAGCGCUCUGGCCCGUACCUCGGAGAACCACUUCAUCUUGCUUGGAGGCGAUAUCGCUCAUCACCCGGGAGAAUACCGACCAACCGAACACCUCCCGCUUCCGAUCGAAAUCAGUCCGUCACCCCUCAAAGAGGAUACAAUCUCGAUCUCUACAUGUCCCGGUUCCAUAUUCGAAGCCAUCUCCCCUGCAAAUUCAAGAGGCUCGGAUGCCAAAGUCACCCCAUUUUACGAGCUGAACGCCGGAAUGAACGAGGAUCUGGGAGAUGCCGAGGUAGCUCUUGAGAAAAUGCUACCGUUUGACGGCUCAGCUAAGGUUAUGGUUAUCAUUGCGCAUGAUGCGAGUCUCCUGGAUGUUCUUCCUUUCUUUCCCAAUAGUAUUACUGAGUGGGAUAUACAGGGAUACAAGGCGAAGGGGGCUUGGAGCUUUUUGAAGGAUUUUGUUGGGGCUAUUGACAGAAGUGCAGACGGAAGUACAUAG